UAGAUGUCUCACGUGGGACAAAACGCGCGCUUCUUAAAAACGAAGAUUCCGCCGAAGGAAAUUUUUCCAUCGAGUGAAAAGGAAAACGUGGCAACUGGUAGAAAGAAACCAUCGAUCUCUCGCGAUACGCGCCUCGCUUUAAGCUCGAAAGAAGAGCGAAGAAAGGGAACAGCUUCGAAAAACGAAGGUAGCCGCGUGAGCAGCGAGCUUGAACGAAACGCGCGUGCGAAGAAGACGCCGUUUCAUGUACAUUUCGACGAGAAAAAUAUCGCUUCGAAGUCGAAUUUCGCUCCGAGGUCGGGUUCAGCUCCAAGGUCGAGUUUAGCUCCGAGGACAAAUCCCAAUCCGAAACGAGUAUUGUACCGCGUGAAAAUCGAGUCAAAAGUCACGCCACCCUGUGGAAGAAAUGAUUCUAAACAGGUAAACAAGAUAACGAGUCCUCCUGUUCGUCGAAUUGAAUCAGAAAAGACUAAAAUUUCGAACGAAUUGUUUGAAAAAAGUCACUCGGUAGAGGAGCCACGAAUAGGCAAACAGCUUCAGCCAUCUAAGAUACCCCGUCGCAGAUCUCGUUCCGUUCAGCCGGUGCGACCCGUCAUCUGCAACACGUCACAACGUUCAUCUUCGUCCGAUUGGCGCGGGAAAAGUUUUGGAUUCGAUUCGGUUAAUAAAUGCGUGACUCUAAAUAAAAUAGCAUCGAGGCCAAUAAGAAAAGUAACUGUAUCUCUAGAGUCGAGAAACAAGAUCAGUGACAAAAGAAAACAAAUUUCGACCAACUCAUCGAAGAUCCCUCGAGUAAAGGAAACGUCGCUGACUAUAAAAACAGCGACGCCUGCCGACGGAUUAUUGCUACCGCCACCGCCAAAGACUCCUAUCAAGGUGGUCAUUCAACGGAGUAAAUAUAACACAAGCGCAUCUAACAAGGGCGAGCUACUGGAACGUCCAAACGAUUUCAAAGAAGAAAUCGAUCUUUUCCCCGCCGAAUUUCUGUAUCAUGGAGAAUAUCACGAUGAAUUGCCGAUGGUCGAGGGUGAAAGGGAGCAAAAAGCACCGCAAUUGUCGGAUGAUUUCUUAACGAAGCAUAUCAACGCGGAGCAGAGGAGGCUGGUCGUCGUUUUUGUAAUGCGUCUUGGAAUACACUGCCGAUAUUCGUCGCGUAUUGUGUAUCAAUCGGUGAAGCUGUUCGACGCCGUUAUGGACAAGAUUCCCGUGGAUACGACGUUGAUCCAGUUGAACGCGUUGGCCAGUCUGUGGAUCAUGCUCAAGAGACAAGAGAAAUUCCAGAAGAUUCCGUCGGCUGCGAAGAUGGUGUCCCUCGCCAAUGAUCUUUACACAGGAAGAGAGGACUUGUUGAUCAAUUGCGAGAGGAAGAUUUUGGAAGUCCUUAAUUUUAACAUCACGUUCGCCGAUACGUUUAGCCUUUUUACGCAUCAUCUCAUCAGCUGCCAGCCUUACAUCAACAUAUCCGAGGAAAUUGUGACCUUUCUAUACAACUGCGGCUGCUACAUGAUCGACAUCACGCUUCUGGACGAGCAAUUUUGUAGAACAUCCGCAAGAUUGAUCACCGUAGUAAUAUUAGAGUUGGUGCUCGGUAUCGGUUUGGACGUCGCAAGGGACAAUAUUGCACCCCGAUGGUUGUUUUGGAGAGGUUUACUCUCCGCCGCCCUUAGUUUGCCUCAAAGGUUAACAUCGCUUCUUUUUCUUUCCUGUAGAUAUCGUACAUUGUGCUUUCUUAUACGGUACAACUCCAUUUAUCUGAACUUGUCGAGAGAGAGAAUAAUUUAUACAAUUGGAGUUGUAUGUACAAAUAAUAAUAUAAUAUCAGGCGAUUAUUUUCAGAUUCGAAGACAAGGCGAUCAAUUUACUUCGUGUUAUGAUAUUGCGGCGCGUGUUAGAUUCGGAAAGCCAGCAGGAUAGUUUCAAUGUGAUAUAUAAAAAAUACACUCGCAGCAGAUACGGUCGGAUAUCAAAAUCUUUCCUGCAGCAGGUUACCAGGAUACCUGCUACAGAAACUAUUUUCGAUCCGUAGAAUUGAUUUUUAUUGGUAAGACUGAUCUUUAUUUAUUUUUAAUUAGCACUUUGAUUAUUCUUUUUAAUCAUUUUGAUUAUACUUUGAAUUUAAUUGUAUAUUUAUUUACUUCAUUUUAUUCUUGUUAUUAUUUUUUAUAUGUGGUCCUCGCCUAUUAGCGUAGGACAAACUUCCGGCUUUACGUUGUUCUCGAUUUUAAUGAUUUUGUGUCACGAUUUUGUUUCAUAUUUGUAACUUUCUGAUACAAAGAGGAGAAAUGCAGAUUGUUGUUAAAACAAAUAAAAUGAAUUAUUUGCUUUGCUA